GCCUACCAAACAGAAAUGGCAUCCAAUUCGUGUUAUCGGUGUUUUAAAAAAUCUGUAUCGUUGCUAUUCAGAUCUAAAAACAGUUGUUCUUUGGUGAGCCACAUGCCUAAAGCCUGUUUAAGUACCAAUAACCUAAUUGGUGCUGUGUGUGUUGAGCGUCCUCCUAUACUAACAGCUAGAAAAUCCAGACUUGAACAAACGUUUCAGAACUUACUAAACGAGAAGGAACUAGAGUCUAGUUACCUUUCAGAUCAUGAAAUUAGGCUAUUAAAAGAAAGAGAAAAUUUAAAGAAAAAUGAACCAGUCGAUAGUGCUAAUGAUAAAGAAACAGAGACAGCCUUAGAUUUGGAAGAUAAAUGGGAAGCAGAACUUAAGGCAUUUACACCUGCAGCAAGGGAAACAGAAGCUGACCGUACAAAUAACAGAAAGUCAUUGGAAAGAAAACUUGACACUACAUUGUAUUUACUUGUGAAACAGAAAAUAGAAGGGAAGGAUCAUUGGGUAUUACCUCAAGCAUAUUGGAAGGAAGGUGAAACCAUGAGACAAACAGCAGAAAGAGCACUGAAUUCUGUAUGUGGUGAAGUAAAAGCAACAUUUUUAGGAAACGCUCCAUGUGCAUUUGACUAUCAUAAUCCAGCAAAGAUAUUUUUCUUCAAAGCAUGGUACAGAGAAGGUUCAGUGGCUGUCAACAAAGAUUUAGCCAGUGAUUACUUAUGGGUGUCACAAAAUGAGUUAAAAGAGUACUGUUUUCCCAGCUACAACAAAGGCCUGAAAAAAUUUAUAGUUCCAUUGUGAUCUUGGUUUGGUUACCAUUACGGCAUUAUAUUUAGAGAAAUCGACUUGAACCAUGGACACAUCAUACAUAUUUUUGUAAACACAUAUUGCCUCAUACAUAGUACUGCUUCAAUUUGAUCAUAUAAUUUGGUAUGAUGUGUGUAAAUAUAUUUUAAUUAAUUUUUUAUGUAAGAUUGUAGAACAUAAAUUGUAUUGUGAAAGUUUCAUUGCAGAGAAGUAAAUUGAAAAACUUCUCAAGGA